UUGGAAUUUCCUUCUCACCAAAUCCUCCAUGUCUCUUUCGCUGCGCGAGAGGCUGUUGCUCGUAGAAUCUGACUCCCUCACUUCUCUCUCCAGUGGUGACGCUGAGACCGUUACUGCCUUCGAAGAAGAAUGGGCGCGAUUGAAUGUCGACCUCGAAACAGCUUCAAGUCAAGGUCUCAUGGAUGAAGACACGGCCGCCCUCGCGUACAACGUCGCUGCCAAAGUAUCAGUGGCUGCAGAUGCCUUCCUGUUCCUGCACACGGAAGCGGAUUCCGUGACACACGAGCUUGAAGCAGCCUUCGAUCAACUGACGUUGGGCAACCCGUCCAUGAAUUCCAAUUCGAUGUCAUCUUCGUCUUCUCCGUCUCCGCCGGCCCUCCGCCCAAUAAACCAACACUCACCAGCAUAUAUCUCUGCCGCUUAUGGCUGGCUUUGCCGGCACCUCUACGACCCGUACCCGAACACCGAGACGAAACAAAAGAUGGCGGACGACGCCGGGUCAACGCUCGAGCGCAUCUCCGCCUGGUUUGUCGAUGCGCGUCAACGUAUCGGCUGGACGCGGGCCCUCAAAGAGGAAUUUGGGCGGGACCGUGCGAACAUGGUCUGUGCCGCGCGCGGGCACUUCGUCCCGGAGCCCACUGCCUCACUCAGCUACCGCAACCACCCCAACUACCACCGUCUGCGCGGCAUUUUCAUUGCAAUCGAGGCCAAAGCGCAGGAUUUGUAUGGGAACCGCUUCCGCUCGAGCGACCUUUCGAGCCCGGAUUCCGAGUCUGGACACCAGGCCAAAGAGCUUGCGCGUCUUCGACGCGAGCAGAAGCGCCACGGACAACGAGGGCUCGGUGUUGGAGCCUCACCACGCAAGCGCUCGAGCGAUGAUGUUCAGGAGUCGGAGAAUGAAUUGGAACAUGGGGUCAAACGGCGCCGACUGGAUACGCCGUCGUCGCCAUCACCUGCACACAACUCGCUCAAACGCCGUCGCGUGUCCGACUCGGAUUUGAUCAACAACAAGCGUCAACGCACUCGCGAAUCCUCCGCCCCGCUACCCCCCGCUUCUUGGGAGAGCGACCCGACCGCCGUAAUCAACAAUGGAUCCGAUCUGGAUCUAUUCCAGCCCAACCGCUUUGACGCCCCACUCGAUAUCACUGCGUUCGACCUCGACCAGAUCACUGCGUACUUCAGCGCCGAGUCGCCGUUGACGGACUCCACGCUGUCCUCCCUUCCUGGUUCCGAGUCGUCCACGCCGCUGUCGUUCAACGGCCAGCCGUUGCCUAUUUUAGCGCACGAUAUCGACGAAACCCAGGCGUAUUUCAACAACUUCUCGUACUUGCCUGAGUCUAUGGACGCGCUUGACUUCCUCGGCCUCGACAGCAGCAGCAGCAGCAACAACCUCAUCGAUAUCGGCGAUAUCGACCCGACCCUCUUGAAUAUCGGCUACCGGCAGCCGACGUCCACGUACAACGUCUCCAACAUCGACUUCCUGUCGAUGCCUAUUCCUGGACUUGACCUCCCGCAGCCUGAAAUGGCCGCGGGCAUGCCCAUGUCGAUGAACAUGAACAUGAAUGUGCCAGUAUCGCCCAUCCAUCAGAUGUUCUUCGGCGGGAUGCCUGGUGUGGGUGCUAUCCCGUAUGCGGGCAUCCAGUGCUAGUGUGCUUACCUUCAUGCCUCGUUCAUCUCUCUCUCUCUGUGUCCACCAUCUGAUUCGUUCGCAUCUGCAUCUGCAUCCCACUGUAUCCAUACCCAUCACCCAGCAAACCAAACCAAGAAUUGUAUUCUUACCUUAUUGCUAACGUUAUCGCUUUCCAGCUGUCAUCUUUGCUACUCAAUCAUGCCACCAACAUACCACUAUGCUCACUAUGUUCUCCCUCUGGAACGCGUGCCUAUGCUUGCCCUGCCGUCUGGUUGUAUAUAAUACAAAUUGCUUUGCAUCAAUAUUCGCUGCAUGCCGAGGACUACAUCGCCGAUUUAGGUCACUU